AAUAAUUUCCCAAAAAAAAAAAAAAAAAACUAGGGUUUGACUGUAAAAAAAAGAGAGGGAUUAAAUUUCACAUCCUCCAAUUGCGUGACAGCAAGAGCAAAAAGCGACUCGUACUGAGUGAGUGAGUGAGUCACUCUAACAAGAAUCGCCGAUCUGACUCUCUCUCUCUCUCUUUAUUUCUUCAGAUCCAAUUUUUAUUUUCACUCCGAAAUUAUCGUUUUUUAUUUUUAUAUAAUUAAUUAAUUACUAUUAUUUUUAAGAGAGAGAAUUAUUAUGUAACAAAGAGAGCAAGAGGUAGAGGGAAGCCACUGUUGAACGUUGGGAUCGGAGGGUAAAAUCGGGUUUUGUAAAAAGUAUAAUUAGAGGGAUUUUGGCUUUUUCCUUUUUCUUCUAUUUCUUUAUUUUACUCUCAGCUAGCUUCCUGAAUUUUCGUGUUUUAUAAUUUUAUUGCGGGAAAUUUGAAUUACAAAAAUUGGUCAGGGGUUUUAAUUUUGUAUGCAAUCUGGGGGCGGUGGUGGUGGGCCCAGCCGGGUGGGACCGGCUGGGCGUACGGCUUCCACGUCAUCAGCUGCAUCACCUUCUUCUUCCUCCUCUGCUGUAUCGACACCACAGCUAGGGUUUGAUCAGCAACAGCAACAGCAACACCAGCAGCAGCAGCAAAACCGGCAGCAAUUAGGUUCUAGACAGACAUUGCAACAUCAAUUACUAAGGAAACCUGAAGGAAAUGAGGCCCUUCUAGCUUAUCAAGCUGGCGGUUUUCAAGGAGUUUUAGGAGGAGGAAACAAUUUUGCUCAAUCUCCGGGUUCAAUGCAAAUGCCUCAACAAUCCAGGAAAUUCUUUGAUAUGGCUCAGCAGCAUAAUUCUUUACAGGAUGGCCAGAAUAGGAAUUCAGCUGCCGAUCAACAGGUUCUUAAUCCGGUUCAUCAGGCUUAUCUUCAGUUUGCUUUUCAACAGCAAAAGUCGGCUAUGGCCAUGCAGUCGCAACAACAAGCUAAAAUGGGAAUGUUGGGCCCUGCCACUAAUAAGGAUCAAGAAAUGCGGAUGCGGAAUUUGAAAAUGCAGGAACAUAUGUCCAUGCAGUCGGCUAAUCAAUCUCAGGCAUCAUCCUCCAAAAACUCAUCCGAGAACUUUUCUCCUACUGAAAAGCAGGUGGAACAAGGGCAUCAGCUAGCCUUUGAUCAGAGGAAUGAGCAAAAUCCUCUGACACAACCCCCUAUCAUCGGACAACUAAUGCCUGGUAAUGCUGUGAGGCCUAUGCAAGCACCACAAGCUCAACAAAGCAUUCAAAACACGGCGAACAAUCAGCUCGUGAUGGCUGCUCAAAUGCAAGCAAUGCAGACAUGGGCACUUGAACGCAAUAUUGAUCUGUCAUUACCUGCAAAUGCGAACUUGAUGGCCCAGCUCAUUCCGCUUAUGCAAUCAAGGAUGGCUGCUCAGCAAAAGGCCAAUGAAAGCAGUGCAGGUCCCCAGGCUUCACUGCGUCCUGUAUCAGUGCCAAAGCAUCAGGUUUCUUCUCCGCCUGUUGCUAGUGAGAGUUCUCCACAUGCUAAUUCCUCUAGUGAUGUCUCUGGGCAGUCUGGGCCUCCUAAGGCAAGGCAGAGUGUUCCGACUGGGCAUUUCGUCCCAAGUCCCAAUGCAGGAAUGGGCAGCAUCAGCAAUGUUCUUGCAGCGCAGCAGCUUGCUUAUCACAACAGAGAGAACCAAGUGGCUCCUAGAACAGGGGCUGUACUUGGAAAUGGAAUGCAUCCUAUGCAUCCUCCUCAGUCCUCAGCCAACAUGAGCCAAGGCGCGGAUCAAAAUUUGCCUGCUAAAAGUACUAUGAGUAGCCCAGAUACAUUACAAGUUCAGAAUCUCAAGCAUCCGAGUCGAUCUUCUUCUCAAUCUGCUGGUCCUUCUAAUGAGGGAAGCUCAAGCAAUCCCAUCACGUCACAAGGGGUGUCUUCUGUCCAGAUAGCCCAACAGCGUGCUGGAUUCACCAAGCAGCAAUUACAUGUUCUAAAAGCACAAAUACUAGCCUUUAGACGACUGAAGAAAGGAGAAGGUACACUUCCCCAGGAGCUUCUUCGAGCUAUUGCUCCUCCACCCCUUGAGUUGCAAUUGCAGCAGCAGAUUCUUCCUGCUGGAGGAAAUAAUCAGGAUAGAUCUGGCGGAAAAAAUUCUGAGGACCAUGCAAGGAAUUUGGAGUCCAAUGAGAAGAACUCUCAGGUUAUUCCAUCUAAUAAAGGGCAGAAUAUCGCAAAAGAGGAAGCUGUGUCUGAAGAAGAGAACGCAACUGUCUCAGAAAAUAUCAUGCAAGGUGCAGCAGCUGUGAUGAAGGAGCCUACAACCUCAGUGGCUCCUGGAAAAGAAGAGCAACAAACUGCUAUAUUUUCUGUUAAGUCAGACCAGGAUUUGGAACGAAGUCUUCAUAAAACUCCUGUUAGAAGUGAUGUUACAGUUGAUAGGGGAAAAGCUAUUGCGCCACAGUUUCCUGUGUCUGAUACAUUGCAAGCUAAGAAACCUGCACAGACAAGCACCGCACCCCAGCCAAAAGAUGUUGGCUCUGCACGAAAGUAUCAUGGACCAUUAUUUGAUUUUCCCUUUUUUACUAGAAAGCAUGAUUCUAUUGGAUCUUCAGGGAUGAUUAACACUAAUAAUAAUCUGACAUUGGCAUAUGAUGUCAAAGAUCUUCUUUUUGAGGAAGGGGCGGAAGUCCUUAACAAAAAGAGGUCAGAAAAUUUGAAAAAAAUCAAUGGUUUACUGGCUGUGAAUUUAGAGAGAAAAAGGAUUAGGCCAGAUCUUGUUUUGCGAUUGCAAAUUGAAGAGAAAAAACUCCGGCUUCUAGAUCUACAGGCACGUUUAAGAGAUGAAGUUGAUCAGCAGCAGCAGGAGAUAAUGGCAAUGCCUGACAGGCCAUAUCGGAAGUUUGUUCGCUUAUGUGAGCGGCAGCGGAUGGAGCAGGCAAGGCAAGUACAAGCCUCUCAAAAAUCCAUGAGAGAUAAGCAAUUGAAAUCCAUCUUCCACUGGCGUAAGAAGCUUCUUGAGGCUCAUUGGGCUAUUCGUGAUGCACGUACUGCCCGCAACAGAGGAGUUGCAAAAUACCAUGAGAGAAUGUUGAGAGAGUUUUCAAAGAGAAAGGAUGAUGACCGGAAUAAAAGAAUGGAGGCUUUGAAGAAUAACGAUGUUGAAAGGUACAGGGAAAUGUUGCUGGAGCAGCAGACUAGCAUUGACGGUGCUGCUUCUGAAAGAUAUACUGUUUUAUCGUCAUUUUUAACCCAGACAGAAGAUUAUCUUCAUAAACUGGGAAGUAAAAUAACUGCUGCCAAGAAUCAGCAGGAAGUGGAGGAGGCAGCAAAUGCUGCAGCUGCUGCUGCACGAUUGCAGGGUCUGUCAGAAGAAGAAGUACGGGCAGCUGCAGCAUGUGCUGGAGAGGAAGUAAUGAUUAGAAAUAGAUUUAUGGAAAUGAAUGCACCCAAGGACAGUUCAUCUGUUAGCAAAUACUAUACUCUUGCUCAUGCUGUCAAUGAGAGGGUCAUAAGGCAGCCGUCCAUGUUACGAACUGGAACGUUAAGAGAUUAUCAGCUUGUUGGGUUACAAUGGAUGCUUUCUUUGUAUAAUAACAAAUUGAAUGGAAUCCUAGCAGAUGAGAUGGGUCUUGGAAAGACUGUACAGGUGAUGGCUUUGAUUGCUUACCUGAUGGAAUUUAAAGGAAACUAUGGCCCACAUCUUAUAAUUGUUCCUAAUGCUGUUUUGGUAAAUUGGAAGAGUGAGCUACAUACCUGGCUACCAUCUGUGUCAUGCAUUUACUAUGUUGGCAACAAAGAUCAACGGUCAAAAUUAUUUUCUCAAGAAGUUUCUGCCAUGAAAUUUAACAUUCUUGUGACAACUUAUGAAUUUAUAAUGUAUGAUCGAUCAAAACUUUCUAAAGUGGAUUGGAAGUAUAUCGUAAUUGAUGAAGCACAGAGAAUGAAGGACAGGGAAUCAGUUUUAGCCCGUGAUCUUGACAGAUAUCGGUGCCAGAGGCGCUUACUUCUCACAGGAACACCAUUACAGAAUGAUUUGAAGGAGCUUUGGUCUCUACUGAAUCUACUUCUGCCAGAAGUUUUUGACAAUCGGAAAGCAUUUCAUGAUUGGUUCUCAAAACCCUUCCAAAAGGAAGCUCCUACACAUGAUGCGGAGGAUGACUGGCUGGAAACUGAGAAGAAGGUCAUCAUCAUUCACCGACUUCAUCAGAUUCUGGAACCUUUCAUGCUCAGGCGUCGUGUUGAAGAUGUGGAAGGUUCACUUCCACCUAAGGUUUCCAUCAUUUUGAGGUGUAGAAUGUCUGCUAUUCAGAGUGCCGUAUAUGAUUGGAUCAAAUCUACUGGUACUAUCCGAGUUGAUCCUGAAGAUGAGAAGCGCAGGGCUCAAAAAAAUCCAAUUUACCAGCCUAAGGUGUACAAAACUUUAAAUAACAGAUGUAUGGAGCUUCGGAAAAGUUGCAAUCAUCCGUUGCUUAAUUAUCCAUAUUUUAAUGACUUUUCCAAGGAAUUUCUUGUUAGAUCUUGUGGGAAAUUAUGGAUUUUGGAUAGGAUCCUUAUAAAACUUGAAAGAACAGGGCAUCGGGUACUACUUUUUAGUACUAUGACAAAGCUCCUUGAUAUAGUGGAGGAGUACUUGCAAUGGAGACGGCUUGUUUACAGAAGGAUUGAUGGAACAACUAGCCUAGAAGAUCGUGAAUCAGCUAUAGUAGACUUUAACAGUCCUGGUUCAGACUGCUUUAUUUUCUUGCUCAGUAUUCGUGCUGCCGGGAGGGGUCUUAAUCUACAGUCUGCUGACACAGUUAUCAUAUAUGACCCUGAUCCUAACCCAAAAAAUGAGGAGCAGGCAGUAGCUAGGGCCCAUCGAAUUGGACAGAAAAGGGAAGUGAAAGUCAUUUAUAUGGAAGCAGUUGUUGAUAAAAUUUCUAGCCAUCAAAAAGAAGAUGAACUAAGAAGUGGGGGUUCCGUUGAUCUGGAAGAUGACCUUGCUGGGAAGGAUCGAUACGUGGGAUCUAUUGAGAGCCUCAUAAGGAAUAAUAUUCAACAAUAUAAGAUUGAUAUGGCUGAUGAGGUUAUUAAUGCUGGACGCUUUGACCAAAGAACAACACAUGAAGAGAGACGAAUGACUUUGGAGACAUUAUUACAUGAUGAAGAGCGAUAUCAAGAAACUGUCCAUAAUGUUCCAUCACUUCUGGAGGUUAAUCGCAUGAUAGCUAGAAGUGAAGAAGAAGUUGAAUUAUUUGAUCAAAUGGAUGAAGACCUGGACUGGACUGAGGAGAUGAGAAGCUAUGACCAGGUACCUAAAUGGCUUCGAGCCAGUACAAAGGAUGUAGAAGCUGUGGCUAAUUUAUCGAAAAAACCAUCAAAAAAUAUCUUGUCUACUACUAGUGGUGUGGGUAUUGAAUCCAGCGGAGUGGAAACUGAAAGGAAAAGGGGCAGGCCCAAGGGGAAAAAAACUCCUAAUUACAAGGAAAUUGAUGAUGACAUUGGGGAAUACUCAGAGGCCAGUUCUAAUGAGAGAAAUGGAUAUUCCGCGCAUGAUGAAGAGGGAGAAAUUCGAGAAUUUGAAGAUGAUGAAUCUAGUGGUGCUGUUGGGGCUCCUCCCAUCAAUAAGGACCAAUCAGAAGAUGAUGGUCCUGCAUGUGAUGGUGGGUAUGAGUAUCCCCUGUCUACUGCAAGUGCUAGAAAUAAUGAUAUGCUAGAAGAAGCUGGUUCUUCUGGAUCGUCUUCUGAUAAUCGAAGAAUGACAAGAAUAGUGUCUCCCGUUUCUUCGCAGAAAUUUGGGUCCCUGUCUGCAUUAGAUGCUAGACCAGGUUCUGUUUCUAAAAAGCUGUCAGAUGAAUUGGAGGAAGGGGAAAUUGCAGUGUCAGGAGAUUCUCACAUGGAUCACCAGCAAUCUGGAAGUUGGAUACAUGAUCGUGAAGAGGGAGAAGAUGAACAAGUUCUGCAACCUAAGAUAAAACGAAAACGUAGUAUUCGGCUUCGACCUCGUCACACAAUGGAAAGACCAGAUGAGAAGUCUGGAAUCGAGGUGCAACGUGGAGAUGCAUGCUUGUUACCGUUCCAAGGCGACCAUAAAUAUCAAGCACAGUUGAGGACUGAUGCCAAGAUGAAAACAUUUGGAGAGCCUAAUCCUUCCCGGAAUGAUCAGAGUGAUUCCACCAAAAGCAGGAGAAACUUACCAUCCAGGAGAAUAGCUAACACUUCAAAAUUGCAUGCUUCGCCUAAAUCUAGUAGACUAAAUUUGCAGACCGCUCCUCCUGAAGAUGCUACUGAACAUUCCAGAGAGAGUUGGGAUGGGAAAGCUACAAAUGCAAGUGGGAGUUCAGUAAUAGGCUCUAAGAUGUCAGAUGUCAUCCAGAGAAGGUGUAAGAAUGUCAUCAGCAAGCUCCAAAGAAGAAUGGACAAGGAAGGUCAACAAAUUGUGCCUCUUCUAACUAAUUUGUGGAAGAGGAUUGAAAAUUCUGCUGGUUUUGGAAAUAAUCUCUUGGAUUUGCGGAAGAUUGAAAUGCGUGUUGACAGAUUAGCGUACAAUGGAGUAAUGGAGCUUGUGCUUGAUGUGCAAUUCAUGUUAAAGGGUGCAAUGCAAUUUUAUGGGUUCUCACAUGAGGUUAGAUCUGAAGUAAGGAAAGUACACGAUCUUUUCUUUGACAUCUUGAAGAUUGCGUUUCCGGACACAGAUUUCAGAGAAGCUAGAAAUGCACUCUCUUUUAAUCCUCCACUCUCUACCUCCUGUUCCACUCCAUCCCCAAGACAGGCAGCUAUGAGUCAAAGCAAGAGAAACAGGCUAAUUAAUGAGGUAGAACCAGACAGUAGUACUACUCCUAAGGCUAUUCAACGAGGAUCGAUUCCCAUUGGCGAUGACAUAAGGGUCAAAGUCCAUUUGCCAAAGGAAUCGAGGCACGGGACUGGAAGUGGUAGUAACAAUCGAGAACAACAUCCGCUGGAUGAUUCUCCGGUGCAUCCAGGGGAGUUGGUUAUUUGCAAGAAGAAGAGGAAAGAUAGGGACAAGUCGGUGGCAAAGUCGAGGACUGGAACAAGUGGUCCAGUUUCUCCCCCUAGCAUGGCUCGUAAUUCAGUCCCGAGUUCAGUUACUAGGGAAACAAGAAUGGGCCAGCAGAAUUCCCAUCAGCAAGGAUGGGGCAACCAACCUCAACCAGCAAAUAAUGGUGGUGGUAGUGGUGGGAAUGUCGGUUGGGCGAAUCCUGUAAAGAGGUUGAGGACAGAUGCCGGUAAAAGGAGGCCGAGCCAUUCAUAAUCGUCUUCUAAAGGUAGUGUAUAAUGAAAAAGAAAAUGAAAGAAAAGAAUUGUCGGAUGCUCAGUUUAGCAGAAGAGUGUAUUAGGGGCUCUUUGUAGCCUGUAACAAAUGCGGUUAGCCAGCGAUGAUGUUGUUAAUAUAGCGUAGGUCAUUGAUAAUCCAUUGUAUACUUGCUUCUUCCAUAUGAUUUCAGAAAUCCCAUAGUUUUCAGGUCUGCAUCCUGCAGUAA